GAACAAGAAGACGUGAACUCUACGCCCGGGCCCUCUGAAUGAUAGCCUUCGCACAUCGCUCCCUUCUCCACCAUCCGCCCAUCACCACCGCCGAACAUUAAAUUCAUCUCGUCGCAUGUACAGUACCACGAGUUCCUCUCAUGUUCGUCGUCUUGCAAGUCAGGCCACCCAUCACUAGCCGGGUCAUCGGGAACGUUGGGAGGCUGUGUGCAUAUGGCCGCCGCAUGGACGAACGCUACGGGACCCUCACGACGAAACCUGCGCCGCAGACCAGCAGGCCCCUCGGGCAACUUCACUCAGUUUGCUUCACCAUGUCUACCGAUUGCAGACGGUGUUUAUGUAUCCGAGUCGUGUCCAACAGCACGCAUGGCAUUUGCAGUAGAUCAUUGGUCGCUUCCAUGGUGCAUGUAUCGCGGUACGGUUGCUUCUCGAGGUAUCGAGGAUGGAAGCUGCUGCUGCGGACGAAGGAUUGCCCCAUCGUUGCUUGUUGUCGCUCGUGCGCCGCAGCCUGCCUGAGUACAUCGCGUUGUUCCUUGACUCCCACCAUCUCGUCGUGCGCUCCAAUGGGCAUCGGUCUGACCCUCUUUGAACGCCUCGGAGAGUGUCACAUCGCGAUCGAUCAUGAGCAGGGUACGACGGCUCCACGAAAGGAGCUGGAUGUCAUCUGUGUGCCUCCUGACACUCUACGGUUGAAAGGCAGCCGCCGAUUCGACGUUCCUGCAGCAGUCCAGGCAGUCCAGGCAUACGCAACGCACUCUCACCAAGGCAUAGCAUACACGAUCCCGUGCAAUCCCACGCUCACUGUCGUGGUCAUGAGAGAGUGAGCGGUACGAUGAUGAUGCCGAAGACGAUAGUAUGAUACCAAAACAGGCCGGGGUCCAAAAUACGCCCAGGUGAUGCUGAUGAUGAUGAUGAUGAUGUUUUUCUUAUCGAUAGCGUGCGGGCGGCCGACAUAUUCCAAGGCUGUAAUCAGUGGGGCUUUGGUGUCUCCCGCCCAGUUUCGGUGGGGAAAACAACCCUCGAGCGCUGGAGGAAGUGCAAUCUGCCUCUCCCCACACCCCGCCGCGCCCACAACGUCAUCGCUCAUACGACACCCAAACAAACGAACUGCCGAUGGUAUGCGAUGACACAACACGGGAGGGAGAGGGAGUCUUCUUAUCAUUGUAGUUAACAACGCAACACCCAAUCUCUCACUCUCUUCUUUUCACAUCAUAAGCCUCCCUCUGUUAAAAAAAGACUUCGAAAAUCUUAGAAACUCCAAUCGAAAGACCCCUCACCACUCCCAUCACCGCAAACAUGCCUCACACCAUCAACGUUCGU